CAAUAGGCACACUGGUCACAGUCUAGGCCCUCUCUUUUUCUGUCGCUGCACUCCUGUCCCUUGGCCCCCUUCCCCUUUUUAUCCUCAUGUUUUUCUUGUCCCAUCAUGGCGGAUACUAGAAUUUUGGCCAUUCUUUUAGACUGUGCAGCCCCAGGGUCCUCUCUGUUGUUAUAAAUCUUCUGGGCAAUUUCUACUAACUCAGACGGCAUUUUUCCCUCAAAUCCUUCUAAUCUCUGCAGCUUUCUCCUAAUAUCUGGGGCCGACUGAGUGGCAAAGCAAUAUUAAUGGCACGUCUAUUUUCGGGUGCCUCUGGGUCUAUAGGAGUAUACAGGCGGUAAGCUUCAAAAAGGCGUUCUAGGAACACCGCCCGGGACUGGUUAGGUCCCCGUAUGGUUUCGCUUACCUUGGACAGAUUAGUCGGCUUUUUAGCUGCUGCCCUUAUGCCUCCUAGCAGAGUCUGGCGAUACCGAUGGAGAGCCUCCUUACCUCGUUCCUCAUUUGGGUCCCAGUCUGGUCGCGCAGAGGGGAAAACAAUCUCUACCCGGACUGGGUCAGUCGUGGGUUGCCCAUCCAGACCAGGGAUGGUUUUGACCGCCUCCCUCCUCAUCUGCUCAGGCUCUUCAGAAGUGAAGAGGGUUUGGAGGAGCUGCUGGCAGUCCUCCCAAGUUGGCUGACUCAUCCUUGGUGGAGCCUGUUGCUGAACACCAGGCCUUUCAAGAUGGUCCUCAGUAUUCUUAGCAUCCUUGUUCUUUGGGAACUGGUGCUUUUCAUCGACCACAGGGCCGCGUUGGCAAAGGUAGGGCAGCCUGACGUUGCCAUCCUGGCUGAGGACCCUAGCUGGCCCCUGGUUCGGGAGCUGCUAGAAGAGGCUCCCGGCAAGCAGCAGAGGAAGCCACAGCUCCAAGGACCCCAACUGCAAUACAUGCUGAAGUUGUACCAGAGCUCAGCUGACUCACUUGGGAACCCUAGGGAGAACCGCACCAUUGGGGCCACCAUGGUGGCGCUGGUGAGGCCCUCGGCCAACGCAGCAGAGCCUCUCAGAGGCCCCUGGCAUUUACGGACCCUGGACUUUCAUUUCACAGGAAACCAGGCAGCACACAGGCUUGUGAGAGCCAUUCUUGUUUACCCUGAAGAAGUCUACAUAGAUCGCUUCCACUUCUCCUGCCAUGUGUAGCCCGGGUUCAGGAAAAGCCCAACCAAGCACUUUCCUCCUUCAGGAGGAGGUUGCUCAAGGCCUUCCGUGCUGUCUGAAUCUUGGAGAGAGACGGAUAUCACAGAAGAGGUUUGGCAAGGGCUUUGGAAUCACACGGGGCAAAGUUUCUGGAAUCACACGGGGCCCAGGGUCCUACGUCUCCAUUUUCUAUGUCACCAGGAAAAUGGGAGUAGAGGUAUUGAACAACGAUGGACUGACACUUUGUCAUUGGACCUUGCAUUUUUGUUAGUAUAUAUCAGUGAGACCUAUAAAAUUGUUCAAAAUGCUCAGUCUUCUUCCAGGAUCCUGGAUGAGUCUGAAGAAGGGGAAUGUCCUCUUCUCUUGGAGAGAACCCCUCGAAAGCAGCAUUACAUCUCAGCUUCCUGGCUCUUCCCGGGAA